UUUGGGCGUCUAAAAAAUGUGACUUGUGUUGCUUGACGACAACCAAUUGCAUGCUCUUAUUUAAAAUACGUCACACAGCGCCACCUUCGAAUAUGAGGCUAAACAGCUGAUACAACAAUCUCUUCACUUCAAACGCCAAUCUGACAGCAAACGAACCAAAGCUUGCAGAAAGACAGAAAAUGGAUUCAAGAAAUGCAAGAAAGGUGGAGUUGCAUGGCAGUCAUCACAACCAACAGCCACCGACCCCAAGCCUAGCCAGGAGAAAGAGAAUACAAGAGACUUGCAUUAUGUGCUCUCGCUAUAGGACUGACAUUAGGAGCCCAACGGACAACAUGAUGUCUCCAUGCUCACGCAAACUCAAUGGGAAACCUACCAAAGAUAUGCACAGCCUCUCAGCUGCCCGCUAGACAGCAUUGAAGAGUGACUGCCUGCCUUGCUCAUCAUAUGAUCCCCGGUCCAUGACGUAGAGGAAGGAGACGCCAUUAGACAGGGUGCGAGUGCGAGAGGCUAGGUUACAGAGAGGGUGGAGGAAGUCAAUCAGGUUCAGUGUGAAAGACCGUCGUUUUUUUCUUCUAACGAGGGGAACAGUGUCCACAUUUUACUCUCUAUUAAUAUACCCCCAACUGUCUCUAAUGUGACUGGACCAAGGCGCUUACAUUGGGCUAAUUUGGUUACUUACUGUAGGAUUUCUUCACCAUGGCGGCUGGCGGAGCGGGAGGCAAUAAUAAAACAUAUUCUUUCAAGGUGGUUUUGUUAGGAGAGGGUUGUGUUGGCAAGACGUCACUCGUAUUACGAUAUUGUGAAAAUAAAUUCAACGACAAACACAUCACCACUCUCCAGGCGUCCUUUCUCACAAAGAAACUCAACAUCACAGGGAAGAGAGUCAAUCUCGCAAUCUGGGACACAGCUGGUCAGGAGAGGUUUCACGCACUAGGACCCAUCUACUAUAGAGACUCCAAUGGGGCCAUAUUAGUAUAUGACAUCACAGACGAGGACUCUUUCCAGAAGGUGAAGAAUUGGGUGAAAGAAUUAAGGAAAAUGUUGGGGAAUGAAAUUUGUUUAUGUAUAGUCGGUAACAAAACAGACCUGGAAAAAGAGAGGCACGUGUCCCUGGAAGAAGCAGAAGGGUAUGCAGAGUCAGUUGGAGCCAAACACUAUCAUUCAUCAGCCAAGUUAAAUAAAGGCAUUGAAGAACUCUUUCUCGACCUUUGUAAAAGAAUGAUGGACAUGGCCCAAGCAGAGGAGCGGGCCAAGGGAAACGGCGCAAGUCAGUCGGGGAACGCGCGGAGAGGCGUCCAGAUUGUCGACGACGAGCCACAGGCGGCCACGCCUGCGGGAGGUUGCUGCUCAUCUGGCUAACGCCAAGUGUCCCAUGCCACCCCUCCCAUCUUGCCCCCCUACCCCUACCUCCUACCCCCCCAUCCCCCCCAAAAAAACAGCCCCAGGACUGAUUUAUUCCCCUCUCCCCCACCCCAGUUGCCCCUUACCAUGAAGACUGCAGCUGUCGGUGAGGCCCAGCCUCACCCAGCACCCAAGAAACACACACCUGGAGAAAACACCCAAGCUUCAGCAUCUUCAGCCCCAUCCACAGACACACACACACACACACACACACACAGUACGCUACAGACUGUAUAAGUGACAAACACAAGGAAGAAGAAAGAGAAGAGAAAGCAAGUGAAACGGUUAUCAGGAAAAGAGAGAACGAAUGAGUGUAUGAGAUGAGAGUGAGCGAGCGAGAGAGGAUGUAUGCCACUUUUGUGAAAGAGCAGGCGGAGUAAAAUUGGUGCACUCCUAAUAGAAAGACCUUUGUCAUUCUUUACAAACACACAUGCACACAAUUAAAUGCAUAUAUCUACAUACAGUUCAUAUGCGCAGAAACACCAUUCAGUUUCUAUGAGGCUUUCUUACUUUAGCAAGGGUAAAUGUCAUGCAUGUUGGAUUGAUUUUGUGUACAAGGCUUCAUUGGUUUUACUUUUAAAACUACCACAACAACAAAAAAAAAGAUCUUUAUUAUUUAAUAACUUAUGUACCUGUUCUUCAUGUCUGAGAACUAUGUACUUGUGGUCUUCAGUGAGCUCUACAGAUUCUUCUUCAGUCUCUACUUUCUUCUCUUCUUUUUGUCUUUUAAUUUCUUUUCUUUCGGGGUGAAUUACGGCUUCUUGUGGGUGAUUUGCACUGAUCCAUCUAUGCUUAUGUUAUACUGAAACCCCUUGUUUGCCAGAAUGUGUAUGUAAAAUUACCAUGACAACAACAACGGAGGAAAAAAAAAGACUUGUACAAUACAUAUUGAAUAUUUUAUCUGCUUUUACAAGCUUUGGGAAAACAUUACACAGGUGUAGAAAAAUGUACAUUAGUCUUGUUAAUGAUAAAAAAAAAAAUAACAAUUGUGGGUGAAAGCACACUUUUUGUAAUUGUAAUUUUUUAACUGCUAGUGUCAAGUGUUUUCUUUUUUGUAAUAGAACAAUUAUAACAAUUUAUAAUGCUUAGGUGUGAAAGGCAUUGUCAUUAUUUAAAAACAGAAUACAAACCGAAACAUAAUCACUAAAGCCUGUGAAGUAAACUUCCAUGCAUCAGAUAACAUUAUAUUUCCAUGUAGAGCCAGCUGCAGAUCUCAGUAGUCGAUAACUUGCAAAACUUGUAUGUUUAUUUGAAUAGGUCUUAUAUUUACAGUGACUUACAAUGUGUGCUCUAGUUAUUCUGAAUAGUCCCUUUUGGGGGCAUUUCAUUUAUCACUAAACUUUGGUCUUUCUAG